UCAUGUUUCAGAUCAAUGGCCCAUUAAAUGCCUAUCAUGUUUUUCUGAUGUGGAAGCUUCCCACUAGCCCCUCUUCAGAACCAUCUGAAGUUAUAAUGAACAGAAGUACUGGUUCCGAGUCAAAUGGCGACAUGCUGUAUUAUACAAACCAGUCUUUACCAUCUAAUGGUUUUCUCAAUGACAUGCAACCACCAUUUGAAGAUCCCUGCAAAAAUUCCACAGCUCUUACUUUAUUCUUGCUUGCACCAUAUAGUGUGGUUAUGAUCAUAGGUCUGGCAGGAAAUAUCUGCCUUAUCUGGGUGAUUGCAAGACAGAAGGAGAAAGCAAAUGUUACGAACAUUCUUAUUGCCAAUCUAUCAUUUUCAGAUAUUAUGGUCUGUACAUUUUGUCUGCCAUUCACUGUUGUUUACACAUUGAUGGAUUACUGGGUCUUUGGGGAACUUUUAUGCAAGCUGUCUCCUUUUAUUCAAUGUGCAGCAGUAACUGCAUCGAUCCUUUCAUUAGUUCUUAUUGCUUUGGAACGACAUCAGCUGAUUAUAAAUCCUACGGGGUGGAAACCAAGUAUUCCACAAGCCUAUGUAGCUGUGGUUGUCAUUUGGAGUAUAGCAUGCUUGAUUUCCCUUCCUUUGUUGGUUUACUGUGUUUUAAACGAGUAUGAUGAAGAUCUGAAGAUGUAUUUUGCAACAGAAGCAGGGGAUGGAAAAGCAAUAUGCAUAGAAUCAUGGCCAUCAAAGAAGAAAAAGUUGAUUUAUACUACUUGGCUUCUUACAUUUCAGUAUUGUGUUCCACUGUGCCUUAUUAUAAUAUGCUACCUAAGGAUAUAUUUACGUCUAAGGAGAAGAAUGGACAUGCUCGAUCGGAGCUGUGAAGAGAACCGCAGAAUGACAAAUAGUAAGAGAAUAAAUAUUAUGUUGGCUUCACUGGUUGCUGCUUUUGCUGGUUGCUGGCUGCCUUUGAAUGUCUUCAAUGCCAUAAUAGACUGGAACCAUGAAGCAGUCAUGCACUGUCACCAUGAUUUUGUGUUUUCCUUAUGUCAUCUGGCAGCCAUGGCUUCGACAUGUGUGAACCCAAUUAUUUAUGGCUUCCUAAAUAAUAACUUCAAGAAGGAAGUGAAAUCUAUAAUUUUGCAUUGCAAAUGUGGUUCUCCUGAAGAUGAGUAUGAACAUUUUCCAUUAUCAACUAUGAACACUGACGUUUCUAAGGCCUCUUUGAGGCUAACUUGCAGAACUAACUCUGUGUAGCUUGAAGAGAUUUGUAUAAUAUUAUACAAAUGGAUAGACAAUUGGACAUUUUCAUGACAAAUAUUUAUGUAUCAUACAUAUAGAGUUUUGAUUUGAUAUACUAUAAAUAAGUAGAAAGCACUUGAAACACUGGCACAAUGUGGAUGGCAGUCUGAUACUUGUCUUGCUUAACCUGGCAGGUCAAGCAGAGCGCCUCUUUGGCCCUCUUCAAAAGGAACCUUGAUGAUUGG